AUUCCACGUCGGUUCGUACCAACAACAGUACAACUUUGGCGUUGGUGAAAUAUAAUCUACGUACAAGAUGUCGAGAUAUCCGCAUCGAGUUUUAGCUGAAAGAAAUAAGAGAGUGCAAACGCAAAACUGCAUCGAGGACAAGUUUCUGAAACAGAAACUCGACUCUAUCUCACGAGAAAAGCUCUACAUUGACAGAGAGCUGCGAAGAAUUUCCUUGGCAAAGGAGAGUUUGAUGGAAAGCCUUGAUCGAUACACAGCGCCUCCAAGGUUUGCGAACCAGCGAUUGAGCCUACCAUGUGUCAUUGACGGAAAGAGAAAGGAUUGCAACACAAGACCAAUUAGCGCUUUGAGAAGACAUACAUUUUAUUCCGUUCAAAACCUUCACACAGAAGCCGAGCGUAACCAGAAGCUGAAGCCACUGAGCUGUGUGCGCGACCCAAUUCCUGACCUAGGAGAGGGUAUUUCAAAGAGCCCUCGUAGUGAACGAACAAGUCAUUCGGAACAACCAGGAAGUGCACUUCGAACAACAAGCCUGGAUUAUCAACAAGACGCCUUUGAGAGCCGAGUCGCAAGCCCAGUAACAGCUUCCUUGAUUCAAUCAGGUCAAAGCAGGUUGACCAACGAGAGACCAGAGCUGUACUCACGUCAGACCAGUUUGUACGAGACACCGCUAAAUCUGCCCAGGUUACCAGCAAGUUCCGCGAAACGCGAGCUGAAUCCUCUGAUCCCGCGAAAAACCUCCGCGGGACAGGCCAACCCGCGAGAUGGAAUGCUUGCGACAAACCUGAAAAGCAAGUUCCGCCAGAUUGGGUCGGUUGUCAUGGCGACCGCGAUUUUACGGGUUGCACCUGACAAGAAGAAAGAAAAGACAGAGAAAGGCCGGUAGCAAGUUAUUCAACCAAAAGCACACUUCAUUCAUCGAACCAUCUUAUUUAUCAUUUAUAAUCAAAUUACCGUAGAAGUCCGAAAGUAACGGCCCCCGAUACUUUCGGAUUUAGCAGGCAAAAGGAGCCGUUACUUUCGGAUGGUUAAAAACGUUUGUACGGUCUCACAGUCGUUUCAGACCAGGGGAAGCGUUACAUGAAUUGAACUGUUUAUGUACGUUACUGUAUACCCACAUAAACAGGCACCAAAUGUUGUUACUAGAGUAAUGCUUGAAACGUUAAAUCAAAUAUAAUACCGGUACGGUUUUUUAUUGUAGUUGAGUGGUAAUUUUCAAAAGGUCGCUACUUUCGGGUGGGUCGUCACUUUCGGGAUUCAGUAGGAAGGUAAAUUCGGGGGG